CCCCUCGAUCAUCGAGUUUAAUAAACAAACAAGCGAUAAUAGUCAUCGCCAAACUACCGCCUGCGAAAAUCAGUGCCUCGCUCGCACACCGGCCAAUCGUUUCUCCUUUUAUACUUACAUACAUACACGCGCGUAUAGAGAGUAGUGCGCGCGCGCGCGCGCGCUACGCAACAAUACACAGCGCGCUCAGUGCGUUUUCUCCGAUGACGGAUCGACGACAAGACGAUCAUGUCUCGCGAGUGGCUGCGAGCCGUAGUGGCUCGUAGGAACGAGGCCUUCAACAACUUCCAGCACGUCGAUCCCGAGGCUGUGGCGGUGAAUGUAUCAACGAUUCACAAAUUGAACGAGUUAAAGCCAACAUCGGCGAUCAUCGUAACGGGCUAUAUUCCAAUUGAAGCCAUAAGGUUCUCGAUAAAUCUGAAAUGUAAGACGUCGGGAAACAUCGCCCUGCACUUCAACCCUCGCCUCGACCGGGGCUACGUCGUCCGGAACAGCAAGUUCAAGGGAUGCUGGGAUGUCGAGGAGACCUGCUCACCAGCUGGCUCUCGGGGCUAUGUCUUCCGCAGGAAUUCCUUCUUUCACCUCACGAUCUUCUGCACGAUCAAUGAAUUUCAGAUUGCGAUCGAUGGAGAACACUUUUGUGCCUUCGCCUACCGAAUGCCCCUCGAAGAGAUCGUCGGCAUCGAGUUCAACGACGACGUCGAGGAGCCGAAGGUCAGGCAGACGAACAUUUCGAUGUACCCGGAUCCGCAAAUCUGCAAGCCGACCAGAAUACUCGAGUUGCUCGACGACAAGCCUCUGGACUCGAAUCUAGAGUUGCCGAUCGUCGUGGACCUUCCAAAGGGUUUUGGAAUCGGCGCAAAAUUACUCAUGAAAGGAAGAUUGAAGCUUCUACCUCACUCAUUCUACAUAAACCUGCAAAAGGGAAAAAUGAUCUAUCCUCAUCCAGCGAUAGCGCUUCACCUGAAUCCUCGCUAUCACUACGGCAACCAGCCCUCCUGUUUGGUAAUGAACUGCUGGAACAACGGAAAGUGGGAUCGGGAGGAGCGUCACGACGGGCAGACCUGGUGCCCAGGCCGGGAAUUCUUACUAACGAUCCGCUGCGAGUACGAGGGCUACGUGAUCUGGCUGAACGACCGGAUGAUCGGCGAAUUCAAGCACAGACUGCAGCCGUCCGUCAUCGACACCAUCCGCAUCACCGGGGAUCUCGUGGUAUACGAGAUGCUCGUCUCUUACAGCUAAUCCGCCAGACGCGCCUUCCAAUUAUACUCGCGUACAAAGCAGCUGCCUUAGAACACGUCAAACUCGCCAACUCACAUUGGGAGAGAGACACUUCCGACAAGAUCAUUCCGAGGGCGGUUUAUCACUUCUUUUUUUUUUUUUUUUGCUUUCUCUCUCAAGUCAAGCGCCAUUCAAGUUAUAGUAAUCUUCGCUCUGGGCGAGGGGAUUUUUGUAUGUAUAUUUUUUUUUCCUUAUUAUUGUGCGCGACGAAUGCAUCUUGUCGGAAUGCCUCUCGGCGAGCUAUUCGCCAACUUAGACAAUACGUACUGCCUUAAAUUAAUCUAUAGACUUGAAAUUGCCAAUAUCUCGAAGUUUUCGUGCUAGUUUUAGUUUGUUCUUUAUUUUCUUUCUUUUUUUUUUUUUUUUUUUUUUGGAAAAGUCGUCCGAGAAGAAAAACGGGUUUUCGAGUGUUUCCGCGAGACUACACGAAAAUAACAAAGGAUUAUUUCGUAUGUUUGUACAAUCGCUUUAUAUAAUAAUUUGUUAGCAAUAUUUGUAUGUACACGUAGCGUAUUUAUGAAACUAAACGUAUGAAGGUUUGUAGCGUAAAAAUGGCAUUUCCAAAUGUAAUAAAAAGUGCUUCAUACAA